AUGCUCUCGCCACCAUCCGAAUUCCUCGCACAAGUGUUCCCGUGGAUCGAGCAAGAGCAGGCUGCCCUCAAGACACGCAUUCAAGACAACCUGUUGGCUCAGGACUACGCCCUUUGCCACUUCCUCCGGCUCAUGCUGUGGUUGCGCCGGGUGCUGCUGCAGGACGCGGCGAUCCUGUGCACAAUGCAGCCCUCUGCCCCCGUGUUUGCAUUUGCACCCUUCAACACUCCCGCCUUUCAUACCUUCGCCAGCCAGGCAAUGCCCGCCAUCCGGGAAGCCGAGGAGCAGGCCCGCAUGGCCUAUCAGAAUCUCCCUGAGCACCUGAUAUGCAGCCUGCGUGGUGCCACCACCGAUGUGCUCAUGGAGCAAAAGAGGCAGCACGAAGAGAGCAACAGGCAGAUGUCCGACAUGUCGGAGCGAAUUCUCAAGAUGGAGGGCAUCAUCGGCAUGCUCCUGAACUCCAGGUCCACUCGAAGGUCCAAGAUAACUUUCGUGCCUCCCAAGCAAAGUCUGGCGGCCCCGGUGACAGCCCCUGCACCAGUGCCUGCAGCAGCAGCCCCGCCAGUCAUCACAAUCAACUUCCACGGCGGUGACGGGCCUGUAAGCACUUCCGCAGUGCCUUCGGUCUCCACAUCAGUCAGUGCAGUAGCGAACAGUGCAGCAUCGUCCGACUCAACUGCCAUGUUGGAUGGCUCCAGUCGCCAUGUUGCUGCUGUGCCUGCACUGCCAUCAGUGUUGGGGAUGGUAGCACCUUCUGUGGCACCCGCUCGUGCAGAUCCGCGCUCGGCCAGGCGGGAUGAGCUCCGGCAGAAGUAUGGUGAAGUCGUCUUCCAGAAGCAUGAGCCAUGGGUUUGGAAGCAGGGUGAGCUUCUUCCAUGCUAUCAGUACCAGCUGGUGAAUGCGAUCGUGGAUGUCUGGACAGAGUGGAUGGAUGGGCUCGGUGGACAUAUCUCAGUGCGUGAACUGACAGAGAAGUGGGGCAACUGCUGGUGUCUCAAUGAUGCGGGACUCAAGACCGAAGGCGGGCACCGCAAAAAGAUCAUUGACCCCAUCACGGAGCUUUUGCAGAAGCCGCGCUGGUCGAUCCAGCUGGUGCUUCGGUUCUUCAACGAGAAGUAUGGCCACUACAGGGCGCGCUCAUUUGCUGACUACCUCACCAAGCAUGGGGGUGCGGGUCACUGCGAGGUGCUCCAAGUUGCGACACACUAUCCGUAG